AUGAGUGAGAAAAAAUCAUCACCAAUAGUGAAUAAUGAAGAAAUAGAGAGAAUUAUACAACAACUGCCCAAAAAUGAUUAUUUAUGGAAUGAAACUCUUUAUCAGUGGGAAGGAUUUUGGUCCACUCUUGCCAUUAUAAAGGCAGUCCAGGUCUUCAAGGCAACCUUCAAAUCAGAACCUAAUGAUAUUCUCUUGGCAUCUUCCAUGAAAACAGGUUCAACGUGGCUCAAGGCCAUAUGUGUAUCCAUCAUGCAAGGUGAUAAAGAGGAAGAAGAAGAUCUUUUAGUUAAGGAUAAUCCUCAUUUUCAUGUUCCAACAAUAGAGGCCAUGGAUUAUUAUUCAAAAACUCCAACACAUGAUCUAUACACAAUGCCCUCUCCAAGAUUAUUUCACACACAUUUACCUUAUAGGGUUUUGCCAUAUUCAAUCAAAAAUUCUGAUAAUUGCAAGAUUAUAUACAUAACAAGAAAUCCUAAAGAUACCUUGAUUUCUAUGUGGCAUUUCUUUAACUAUAAUUGUAAGCGUUUAGAAGAUCUCACUCCUUUAGAAGGAGUUGUGGAGUACUUUUGCAAUGGGGUUCAUCAAUAUGGACCAUUUUUUGAACAUGUUCUUGAAUAUUGGGAAGAAAGUAAAAAAAUGCCUCAAAAAAUACUAUUCUUGAAGUAUGAAGACUUGAAGAUAGACCCUAAGAAAGAGGUGGCAAAAAUAGCCUUGUUUCUUGGAAAACCUUUUGGUAAUGAAGAGGAUUUGGAGAUAGUUUUGAAGAAGUGUAGCUUGGAGAGGCUCAAGAAUUUGGAGGUUAAUAAGAGUGGAUCAAUCUUCACUUCUGUCCACAAUAAUGCAUUUUUCAGAAAAGGAGUUGUUGGGGAUUGGAAAAAUCACAUGACACCUGAAAUGGAAGCGCAACUUGACAAGAUUACCAAGUUGAAGCUUCAAGGGAGUGGCCUUGAACUUUGA